GUGUCGCCGGCGCCCCGCGCCUCGUCCCCAGUACCUGUGGCCAUGGCAGUGACGCGAGUGGCCUCGCCCCCACCCGUGGGUUUGGCCUUCAUUCCGCCCAUGCUGGGCAGCUCGCGCCGCGCCGCCAGCCCUCGGGCGGUGUAUCAAGUCUCACGGUCGCCUUCGCCGGUGCCCAUCGACCCCUCCAGCCCGGUGGGCUUCAGUUGGACUCCAGUGGCGAUGUCGCCCCGGGCGACG